AUGGAAAACGAAGAUUGGGAGAACUAUAACGAGGAGGAUGCAAUGUUGGAGAGAUCUUUUCCCGACACAUUCUCCGAGAUUUUCUCAAAACAAUUGAGCCAAGCUAUGGUCAGUCAGUUUCGUGAAAUCGGCAACCAAUGGCUUUUGAUGGGCACUCCUGUCGUUAAGCGCGACAAGAAGAUAGAAGAGUUGCGCUUCUCUGUUCUGGAUAAAGUUUCUCAGUUCUUGGAAAAUGAAAAACAGAAUCUGACACAGCUGAAAAACUAUCGCGACUAUCAGCUCAACGAAAUCAACAACAUCUUGACUGCUUUAUCGCUGAAAGCCUACGAGCUUGACUCCAACAAAACACUUUUGGGUCAGAACAAAGCGCUCCACUUUAAGCUAAAAGAACUGCAAACCAUCAAAACAGAGCGACUUGAAAAUUUGGAAAGAAUCGAGACUAAACUUAAGAAAGUUUACCAUUCUCUUGGAUUGGACUAUGUUCCCACUUCCUUUAAUACACCGAUUCCCAGCGAAAGUGAAUUGAGUACGAUGCGUUAUCAUUUGAUCGAUCAGGAACGAGUGCUUGAAACACGGAAGAAACGCUAUGAUUCGACUAAAUCCAUGUGGAGCCAGUAUCUACGAGAGUUGGACUACGUUCCUGAGGAUGAAAAUGAGAAAAUGUUUCUUAACUUGCCUCCAAAUGAAGUUAUCUACUCACAAAGUAACUUGAAUUCAAUUACUAACUUCUACGCCAAAAUCACAGAGAAGUAUAAUGAAACAAAAAAUGAAAUUGAAAGCUUAAAAGCUCAGCUUUUAAAGCUGUUUGAAAGGCUGGAUAUUGAGAUUGUGGAUCGAAACAAAUAUAUGAGUUCUCUUCAAUUUUUGAAUUUGCCUGCCAAACGUGAAAGCCUUUUGGCGGAGAUUAAGCAUUACGAGUUGCAAAAGAAGAGCUGUCUGGAGAAAAUCAUCAAAAAAAUUCGCGAUGAAAUAGAUGAAAAAUUGAGUAUCUGCAUGGUCCAGAAAUUUGAUGAUUCGUUUAUCGUAUCUAAUGAGUUUACUGAAGAGUUGCUCGUAGAACAUGAAACCCAAUUUGCGAACCUCAAUAAAUUUCAGGAAGUAUACCAGGAAGUGUUCAACAAAAUUCGAGAAUGGGAAAAGGGACUCGAAGAAUUGGUUGAACUUGAGAAAAAACUGCAGGAUCCUAAUCGCUUCAACAACCGCGGUGGCGUUCUCCUUCAAAAUGAACGAGAUCGAAAGGCGUUGGGACGAAAGCUGCCCAAACUGGAAAAAGAUAUCAGGCACCUGAUUACUUUGAAAGAAGCAAAGGAACAUCUUCCAUUCGACACUUAUGGACUGAACAUCGACGAGUUCAUUAAAACUAACUGGGAUCACGUCAACAACUCCAAAAACAAAAAAUCUGCUCUUGUGACCGGAGGAGGAAACAGCUCAAAGAAAUCGGCUUAUACUUUGUCAAGUCAAAAGAAAACUCGCGUUGCUCUGUCCCCUCGGCAUAAUCUAUUCAACAAGAAAGCUGGCAUUCAAUUUCCUACCUCACGGCGUCUGUUUAACGAUAUGAUUCCCCGAAGCACCUCCGUUGUUCCUCCGGAAGAGGAGUUUGGGAAACAUCUUAGCGGCGAUAAGGAAAUCCUUCACUCAACACUUAUGAUGAAUCCAGGCGCAAAGCAUCCGAUGCUCAACCGUCGCCUUUCAAAAUCGAUGAAUAGUCUUAUUCAAAUUGCAGAAAUUGACCGAGUAGUGACUAAGCGAAACAAACGGCCCCUCGAUUUGUAA